AUGUUAGCUCUACGAGAUGUUGAUCCAGGUGAACAGAAACCUGACCAGAGAGGACGGUAUGGAGGAGCUGGGUUAAAGGAGGAGAGGGGCAAAAAGUUUUCAUGGAGAGAAUUUCAGCCCUUUGGCCGUCUUGCAGGUGACAGCCAGCAGGAGGCAGUGGUCAGAGAAGAAGACUGGGUUGACAAUGGUGUGAACAUGCGAGGCACGAACAGGAAAUCUAUCCUUCAGUGGAUAGACCCGCCUGGCUGUGAGCAGGUGUAUGUACACUGCGCUGUGUCUGCAGGGGUGCUGCAGCUCGGUGACUUUAACCAUUUCCAUCAGGAAUCUGGACGUGGCGUCCUGACAAAGCUGUGUAGCCCCUCUGGAUCGUCCAUCCACAUCAAUGAUGCCAUUGAUUUCUCUGGCCUGGACAUUGCGAGGAUCCUGUACACUGGGGUGGUCAUUUAUGCGCCUGCACUGAUAUUAAACCAAGUUACUGGUCUUAAUAUCUGGGUGUCCCUGCUAUCCACUGGAAUCAUCUGCACAUUCUACACAACUGUUGGAGGGUUGAAAGCUGUGAUCUGGACUGAUGUCUUCCAAAUCAUCACCAUGAUGUCUGGCUUCAUUGCCAUCAUGGUCCGUGGCACCUACUUGACUGGAGGAACCCAAGGUGUUCUGGCGACUGCGUAUAAUGGGUCCCGGAUCAACUUUGGAGAUUUUGACCCAGAUCCAAGGAGACGUUACACCUUCUGGACUUUUGUUAUCGGCGGAACUGUGCUGUGGUUAUCCAUGUAUGGAGUGAAUCAAGCUCAAGUCCAGCGCUACAUCGCCUGCAAAACAGAAUCUCAGGCCCAGCUCGCUAUCCUUGUGAACCAAGUUGGGCUGUGGAUGAUAGUGACGAGUGCAGCGACCUGUGGGAUCAUUCUGUUCGCCUUGUACAGGGACUGUGAUCCUGUCAAAGCAGGACACGUCACUGCACCUGACCAGAUGAUGCCAUUCAUGGUGCUGGAUAUCUUUCAGAACUACCCUGGAGUUCCAGGAUUGUUCCUUUCUGCAGCGUUCAGUGGGACAUUGAGCACAGUAUCAACCAGUAUCAACGCUAUGGCUGCAUGUACUGUGGAGGACAUAAUCAAACCCAGGCAGAAAGUAUUGUCUGAAAGGAAGUUAAUUCUAAUAUCCAAAGGAUUGUCCCUGUUGUAUGGGUCUGCCUGCAUUAUUUUUGCUGCAUUGUCUUCCCUGCUUGGAGGAGGGGUCUUGCAGGGGUCCUUCACGGUGAUGAGUGUCAUCAGUAAUCCUUUGUUGGGAGCAUUCAUCCUUGGUAUGUUCGUACCUCCUGCUAACACUGUGGGUGUAUUUUCCGGCUUAGCAGCUGGAUUUGCCAUUUCUCUCUGGGUGUCCAUCGGGGGCAUUCUGUACCCACCCACACCUGAGAUAAUGGGGGUCCUGCCAUUCAACACAGACAGGUGUCAUCUUGUGUACAAUCCCAACGCUACAGUCAAUGGCAGUGCUUGGCUCGUUGACAAGGCGAUAACACUGUCUGGACUGAACAAGAGGCCCAACAUUGUGGAACAGUUUUAUGCUUUAUCUUACCUUUACUAUGGUCUUCUGGGAACAUUAACAACGGUGAUUGUCGGUAUUGGAGUCAGCUAUUUAUCAGGACCAACUAAGAGAGAAGAUAUCGCCAAUGGUUUACUCUGGUGGGAUCUUUCGAAGAAGAAUCCAGUUUCGGAAGAGACAGAACAAUUGAAUAAGAAAGAGCUUCCUGCUUUGGAAAGCAGCAAGGCUGCUCUGAAACAGACAAGCUCAAUGGCGUCAACUGUUCCAGCCCGAGACAAAAUAAACCUAGAGCAGUCACCAGUCCAGGACGUAGAUCACACUGAGUGGAACUGCAACCCAGAUCGAAACAGCCCCCUGAUCAUGUUUGAAAGUUAUUUACCUCCUCUGACAGAAACCUGUGUUUGAAGCUGUGUUCCUCCUAACAGAGGAUCAGCACACGCUAUCAGUGAGCUUCACAGUGCCUGUUGAUUGUAGAUUUAUAACACAUCCUGCCAGUUUGUAAAUCUGGUCUCAGUUCAGUUCCUGCUUGUGAUUAGACCACCAAAUAAAACUACCUCGAACUGUCCAGGCAGAUGAGGAAUGAGCAGAACUUCAUCAAGUUGUAUUAUCAGUGGGUUAUAGAAAGGAGGUGUUGCGGGUAGAAUUACCAGUAGGAGAUCAUUUAAUAGUAAGGAAAACUCAAGCCAAAAUACAAAAACAUUUUUAUUGGCCUGGACUGCAUCAAGAUGUGAUAGAAUUUUACCAGACAAGUCAUACGUGUCAGGUAAUUGGAAAACCUCAGGCAGUGAUAAAACCAGCAUCUUUAAUACCCACUCCCACAUUUGAGGAACCUUGUACAAGAGACUUAAUUGAUUGCAUAGGACCCCUACCUAAAACAAAAAGUGGGAAUCAGUAUUUGUUGACCAUAAAGGAUGUGUCUUCUAGAUUUCCAGAGGCAAUUCCAUUAUACUAUAUCACAGCUAGAAGAGUUACUGAAAAUUUUUACUAGAUAUGGACUACCCACAGAAAUUCAAUUGGAUCAAGAAUCAGAUUUUACAUCAAAAUUAUUCAAGGAAGUUAUGGAUAGUUUAGGAAUAAAACAAUUCAAAUCCAUUGCAUAGCUUCCAGAAUCACAGGGAGUGUUAGAACGGUGGAUUUAAACUUUAAAGACCACGUUGAGGGCUUAUAGUCAAAAUAAUCCAGAGGAUUGGGAUAAAAGAUUUCCAUUUGUACGUUUUGAAAUUGGGGAUGAACCUAAUGAAUCCACCAAAUUGAGUCCAUUUGAAUGAGUUCUCAGACAUGGGCCAAGAGAACCAUUAAAAUUAAUUUCGGGAAAAUUGUUAAGUCAGAAUUCGGAGACCACAUAUUUGGACGAUGUGUCAAAUUUUAGGGUGGGUGAGUUGCUAGACAGUAUUUAAAAGUAGCACAGCAUGGGAUGAAACAGGAAGCAGACAAGAAAUCAAAAAUUUGUAAUUUUGCUAGUGGAGAUAAAGUGUUAGUAUUACUCCCAGUGGUAAGUGAGCCUUGAAAAGCAAGGUUUGGUGGGGCUUAUCAAAUAGAAAGGAAAUUGAGUGAGGUGAAUAAUUUCAUAAGAAAACCAGAUACAAAGAAAUCUCACAGAGUUUGUCAUGUGAAUAUGCUAAAAGGGUAUUUUGAUAGGGAAGGAAAGCAACAGAGUGAAGAACCAAAUUCAGAUGAUUCUGAAUUGGAGAUUCUUUAAAUUAAAUUGGAUAAUGAAGAAGUUCUGAAACAGUGGAAUAAAUUAUUAAGUUAUUUUCUAGAUAAAAAUCAAAAUGACCUAAAAGAGUUAAUACAAUCACAGGGGGAGAUAUGUGGGAAUAAGGUGGGAAGUACUAAUCUGAUUAUGAAUGAUAUAGACACAUGAAAUGCUGUUCCAAUUAAGCCAUAUCCUUAAAGACUUAAACCUCUUCAGUCGGCACAUGUUCAAAAGGAGAUUGAACACAUGCUCAAAGACAAUAUAAUUGAAAUGAGUUGCAGUGACUGAAGUUCAUCUGUAAUAAUGGUGCCAAAACCAGAUUGUGUGUGGACUAUUGCAAAACCAAUGCCGUUACAAAGUCAUGUCCUAUUCCAUGGCUGGAAAACUGUACUGAGAAGGUGGGACAAGCAACUUAUUUUUCAAAGCUGGACUUACUCAGAGGACAUUGGCAGGCACCUUUAUCCAAAGGUGCGAAAGAAGUUUUGGCUUUCGUGACACUGAAUGGACUACACCAGUUCAAAGUCAUGCCAUUUGGUAUGAAAAAUGCUCCAGCUACAUUUCAAAGACUAACCAAUAAAGCCAUUUUGAGAUUACCCCGUUGUUUCGUACACAUAGAUGAUCUGGUGAAUUUUGGUCACGCAUGGAAGUAACAUUUGGAGCAUUUAUUGGAAUUGUUUGAUCAAGUUUGGGAGGCAGGCUUGGUAAUAAACCUGGCUAAGAGUGAGUUUGCAAAAGCCUAAGUCAUGUUCUUGGGCCAUGUUAUAGGACAUGGACGGGUGGCCCCAGGGAAUGUGAAAACAAAGAUUAUUGGGGAGUUUCCAGACCAUCAACGAAGAGGGAAGUAUUACCAUUCCUGGAGCUGAGUGGGUUUUAUUGGAAGUUUACACCGAAUUUCAGCAAUGUGUUUGCUCCACUGACAGACAUGUUGAAGAAGUGCAGAAAAUUUCAGUGAACAGAGGAAUGUCAGAAGGCAUUUGACAGCCUGAAAGCUGUGUUAACCACUGCCCCAGGGUUAGCCACACCUAAUUACACAAAGCCGAGUGGCUAUCGAUGCGAGUGACAUGCGUGUUGGUUCUGUACUCUUGCAAGAAAACGAUGAGAAGAUUGAAAGACCUGUUGGGUAGUUCUCCAGAUAGUUGAAUAAUCAUCAACAAAAAUAUUCCACAACUGAGAAGGAGACCUUGAGCUUGGUGGUUUGUGUUGCAACAUUUCAACAUUUAUAUUGCCAGUAAUGUGUCUGACACAAUUGUAUGUACAGGUCAAAAACUCUUAAAGGUUUUGGAAAAAAAUUAAGGAUAAAAAUACCAGAUUAUUUAGAUGGAGCUUAUUAUUGCUUAUCAAUUUGAAAACAAUACACAUGGCAGGAUGAGAGAUCAUAAUUGCCAACAUGUUGUUGUGACUUUGAUGAAGGAAGACUGAGGCGUUCGGUGGUGGGAAGAAACAGACUGAAAUGGGCCGUAGUAGUGAAGGUUUGUAUACUUAGAGUUGGUAUAAUGUAUAUGUAUUGUGGUGUACUAAUAGUGGAAGGCUAAAGUUUUUUUACAAAUGAAGCCAUCUUUGUAUAUUGAUGGUUCUUUUUUAAGGUGUGAUGAUACUAUGGCCUUGAGAGGUCUAUUCUGCUCUGGUUUUUUUUAAUAACGAAAUGUUGAGACCGAGCCACUGAGUGGUCUGCUCAAAGCCAAAAAAGUAAACAGCUUGUGAGCCCUUGGGUUAUUUUUAUUAAGUUGAAACAAUAGAUACAACCUGAAUUAGUGAGAUAAGCUCCCACAGAACCAGGAUUUUAGUUUUAGAUUCUAACAGUUGCUGGGUCUUGAAGCUGGCUGUGGAGGCUCUUAUUCUCUCUUUCUGUUAC